AUGCCCGUUGUUACGCCGACACCUGUGCAGAUCGCUGAAGCGGAAACAGCACUGGGAAAAGAGUACAAAGAGUUUAAGAAGGCGAUGGAGUCUGCUAGAAGACAAAAGAAGAUUGCCAACCGUCUCAAGAAGCUUCGCCUGAGUCUCAAAGUCCCAAUUAUCCCUGCAAAGAUCUACAAGAGCGGAAUCAUUCAAAACCAGGAGCACAAUCUCACCAAACUUCCACAUGAAGUCCGAGCCAUGAUCUUCAAAGCCCUGCCACUCAAUGCAGACCGCGCCGCUUUGGCCCUCACCUGCAAGAGCCAAGCCGCCACGUAUGAACAAUUGAAAGCCGAGAAGAACAAGAAGGACUAUGACCAUCUUGUCCCCAAGCGCUCCGUCCGAACUCAUCGUCUGCAAAUUCUUGUCAGGCUCCGUGACUCUGUGCCUCGAAAUUAUCGCCUUUGCUAUACAUGUCUCCAGUUUAUCGACACCGAGCAUGUGGACAAUAAGGGGGGAUGGGGAGGGGAUCCCAUGGAAGUGCAGGGACUCAAAGCAAGCAAAGCUGCUAUGGUUGAAGGUCCACGCUGCCCUUUGUGCGUGGCUGCUGCGAGGUUGGAGAUUGCCAAGCACAAAGAAACUUAUAAGAGGUACCUGGCCCUGGCAGACAGAUGCUCCUUCAAGAAGUAG